CUGGAUUAUAGGCAUUCAACUGGUAGCUUCAUCUCGUUGUGCCUACAGAGCAGCAGUCACGCACUGAAGAGGACACAUCUGGCCCUAGGGCUUCCUUAGGAGAAGGUGUCUCUGGCAUCAGCGCACGAUAUUGCUGUGGUGUGUCGUUCACACGCUGUCUUGAAUUUUCAUAUAAAUUCUGUAAUGUGGAUGUGCGUGCACAAGAAAUAAUGGACAGCAAGAGUGCAAGCUUUUCAGAAAGCCUUGUGCUGGAUAACUCUGAGAAAGGAGUCGUCAUUACAGGAUUUAAAGAUGACGCAAUUGCUGCAAAAACUGGCCUGCAAUCUGGGGAUCAGCUUCUUGCAGCUACAAUACAACUUGACAAACUUGAGAAAAAUGAUGUGCUGAAAAUCCUGAAGGUUCUCGAGCCCUAUGAAAGCAACAUAAACCUUCUGACAAACAAGGAUGUGAGAGCCGGUUUUGACCUUGGCUCGUUAGGAGUACAUCUUAAAGAUUCAGCAGAGAUGUUACAAAAAGAUCUCUCACUGGAUGCAUCAACUGAGGGACCAGCUGUUUCCCUGGAUGGCCUGAAUGGAAAGUUGAAUGCUGUGCCGGGGGUUAAAAUUAGUGAUCCAGCUCUUAAUGGAGACCUUCCAAGUUUCAGCCUAAAUAAGCCAUCAGCUGAUGCUGGUGCCAAAUUUAGAAUGCCCUCAGCAGAACUUACAGGACCAGAUAUAAAAUCAGAUCUAGGUGGAACCCUGAAAGCACCUGAUGUCAGUAUUUCAUCUCCCGAUCUUAACACUCCCAAUGUGUCGCUAGACAUGAACAAACCAGAAAUCGAGUCUGGCAAAAUGAAAUACCAGGCUCCAAAAUUCACAAUGCCAAAAUUCAGUAUACCUCAGCUUGACAGACCAAAAGCAGACAUGAAUAUGUCAGGUGAUGUAGAUCUUCCUUCAGUCCAUGGAAAUAUGGCGACACCAGGUCUCAACCUGUCAGCUCCAAAAUUAGAUAUAAAAAGUCCAGAUUUGGAGAUGAAUGGGCCAAAAGUGGAUCUGAAUGGUCCUGAUGUAAGUUUGGAAGCCCCAGAUGCUAAUAUUGAGGCACAAACAGGGAAACUCAAACUGCCCCAUCUAAAAUUGACUACUCAAAAACUCAGCCCAGAUGCCAAGUUAAAUGCUGACCUGUCUGCACCUGAUGUCAGCAUCUCCACACCAAAGAUUGAUGGUGAUCUAAAAACACCAGAUGUGGAUGUUGGUUUACCUAAAGCUGAUCUUAAUACCCCUAAUCUAGAUGUUCAAACCUCAGACCUUGACAUUGAUGCCCCAUCUGGUAAAAUCAACUGGCCUCAUCUGAAACUGAAGAAACCAAAACUUAAUGGCUCAAAAGCAGAUCUGGAAUUGGAUGCAAACCUAAAUACUUCAGAUGUGGAUCUCUCUGUUCCAAACAUGGAGGGCAAGAUAAAUGCCCCAGAUGUUGACAUACAUUUGCCAAAGGCAGAGCUUAAAGGGUCUGAUCUGGAGGUGAAAACACCAAAUAUUGAUGCAGAAGCUCCAUCUGGUAAGAUCAACUGGCCUCACCUGAAAUGGAAGAAGCCCAAACUUGAAGGCUCAAAAACAGACUUAGAUUUAGAUGCAGGCCUGAAGACACCUGAUUUAAGCCUCUCAGCUCCAAAGAUUGAAGGUGACAUUAAUGUACCGAACGCUGAGUUAAAUCUUCCAAAAGCUGACCUUAAGGACCCAGAUAUUGACAUUGAUGCUCCUUCAGGAAAAAUUAACUGGCCUCAUUUAAAGUGGAAAAAACCCAAAGCUCAUGGGCUAAAAGCUGACAUGGACCUUAAUGCAGAUCUAAGUACACCAGAUGCCAAUCUUUCAGUUCCAAAAAUUGAUGGGGAGAUAAAUACACCUGAUGUUGGCCUCAAUUUACCCAAAGCUGAUGUCGAUAUAAAAGCUCCAGAUGCUGACAUAGACCCACCUUCCAGCAAAAUCAAGUUCCCAACACUGAAAAAACCCAAAUUCUUGCUUUCUGGGCCAAAGGUGCAAACCCCGGAUGUUGAUGCUGAUGUGAAAGCACCUGACCUCAGUCUGUCUGCUGAAGGACCUGAUGCUGAUCUGAAUUUACCCAAGGCUGAUGUUAAACCACCAAAUGUUGACAUUGAGGCUCCAUCUGGAAAGAUCAAAUUCCCCACUCUUAAAAAGCCAAAAUGGUCACUCUCAGGUCCUAAAGUUAAUGGUCCAGAUGUUGAUUUAGAUGCUGCUGUUUCAAGCCCUGACUUGAAUCUCUCAGCUCCAAAGAUUGAUGAGGUAAAUGCACCAGGUGUGGAUCUAGAGUUACCAAACGCUGAUCUGCAAGGACCCAAGUUAGAUGUAGAGCCAUCAGAUGUUGACAUUGAAGGUCCCUCUGGAAAAUUCAAAUGGUUCCACUUGAAGAAACCCAAAUUUGCCACACUGAAAGGUCCAAAGGUUAACGCUGAUGCAAAGGUACCAGACAUGGACCUCAAAAAACCUGAUGUGGAUUUAAGUGCACCAGAUAUGAAUCUUUCGUCAUCAAAUAUUGACGGCAGUAUCAGUGCCCCAGACCUUAACCUUAGUGCUCCAGAUCUCGACCUUGACUCAUCUGAUGCUAAGCUGAAAUCUCCAAAAUUUAAAUUACCAAAACUUAAAGGGCCAAAAGUCAAGGGUACUGAUUUGAAUGCUGACUUAAAUGCACCAGAGAUUGAUGCAAGUCUUGCUGCACCUAAAGUUGAAGUAGCUGCACCAAAUGCAAACCUAAAAGCACCAGAUCUCUCUUUGUCUGCACCAAAAGUUGACGGUAGUUUACCAAAAGCUGAUCUUAAAGGUGCCGAUGUAGACAUUCAAGCUCCAGAUGUUGAUGCCCAUGGUGGAAAAAUCAAACUACCCCACAUAAAAUGGCCAAAGUUUGGACAAAAAGUAAAAGGACCCAAUCUCGAUGCUGAUCUUAAAAGUCCAGAUCUGGAUGUGUCUCUUCCCGACGUAGAUGCAAAGCUUCCCAGUGCAGAUUUCACAGCACCUAAUGUUGAUCUCAAAGCACCGGACUUAAAUCUCUCGGCCCCCAAAAUUGAAGGAAGUCUCAGUACUCCAGACGUAGAUCUGGAUGCUGAUCUUAAAACAGGUGAUCUUUCAAUGCCAAAAGCUAGCAUCAAUGUACCAGACCUUGACUCUCCUGAUGCUAAGCUGAAAUUUCCCAAAUUUAAAUUACCAAAAUUCAAGGGGCCACAAGUCAAGGGUACUGAUUUGAAUGCUGAUUUAAAUGCACCAGAGAUUGAUGCAAGCCUUGCUGCACCUAAAGUUGAAGUAGUUGCACCAAAUGCAAACCUAAAAGCACCAGAUCUCUCUUUGUCUGCACCAAAAGUUGACGGUAGUCUUGAUGCACCAAAUCUUGACAUUAGUUUACCAAAAGCUGAUCUUAAAGGUGCCGAUGUAGACAUUCAAGCUCCAGAGGUUGAUGCCCAUGGUGGAAAAAUCAAACUACCCCACAUAAAAUGGCCAAAGUUUGGGCAAAAAGUAAAAGGACCCAAUAUCGAUGCUGAUCUUAAAAGUCCAGAUCUGGAUGUGUCUCUUCCCGACGUAGAUGCAAAGCUUCCCAGUGCAGAUUUCACAGCACCUAAUGUUGAUCUCAAAGCACCGGACUUAAAUCUCUCGGCCCCCAAAAUUGAAGGAAGUCUCAAUACUCCAGAUGUAGAUCUGGAUGCUGAUCUUAAAACAGGUGAUCUUUCAAUGCCAAAAGCUAGCAUCAAUGUACCAGACCUUGACUCUCCUGAUGCUAAGCUGAAAUUUCCCAAAUUUAAAUUACCAAAAUUCAAGGGGCCACAAGUCAAGGGUACUGAUUUGAAUGCUGAUUUAAAUGCACCAGAGAUUGAUGCAAGCCUUGCUGCACCUAAAGUUGAAGUAGCUGCACCAAAUGCAAACCUAAAAGCACCAGAUCUCUCUUUGUCUGCACCAAAAGUUGACGGUAGUCUUGAUGCACCAAAUCUUGACGUUAGUUUACCAAAAGCUGAUCUUAAAGGUGCCGAUGUAGACAUUCAAGCUCCAGAGGUUGAUGCCCAUGGUGGAAAAAUCAAACUACCCCACAUAAAAUGGCCAAAGUUUGGACAAAAAGUAAAAGGACCCAAUCUCGAUGCUGAUCUUAAAAGUCCAGAUCUGGAUGUGUCUCUUCCCGACGUAGAUGCAAAGCUUCCCAGUGCAGAUUUCACAGCACCUAAUGUUGAUCUCAAAGCACCGGACUUAAAUCUCUCGGCCCCCAAAAUUGAAGGAAGUCUCAGUACUCCAGACGUAGAUCUGGAUGCUGAUCUUAAAACAGGUGAUCUUUCAAUGCCAAAAGCUAGCAUCAAUGUACCAGACCUUGACUCUCCUGAUGCUAAGCUGAAAUUUCCCAAAUUUAAAUUACCAAAAUUCAAGGGGCCACAAGUCAAGGGUACUGAUUUGAAUGCUGAUUUAAAUGCACCAGAGAUUGAUGCAAGCCUUGCUGCACCUAAAGUUGAAGUAGCUGCACCAAAUGCAAACCUAAAAGCACCAGAUCUCUCUUUGUCUGCACCGAAAGUUGAUGGUAGUUUACCAAAAGCUGAUCUUAAAGGCGCUGAUGUAGACAUUCAAGCUCCAGAGGUUGAUGCUCAUGGUGGCAAACUCAAACUACCCCACAUAAAAUGGCCAAAGUUUGGGCAAAAAGUAAAAGGACCCAAUCUCAAUGCUGAUCUUAAAAGUCCAGAUCUGGAUGUGUCUCUUCCCGAUGUAGAUGCAAAGCUUCCCAGUGCAGAUUUCACAGCACCUAAUGUUGAUCUCAAAGCACCGGACUUAAAUCUCUCGGCCCCCAAAAUUGAAGGAAAUCUUGGCACUCCAGACGUAGAUCUGGAUGCUGAUCUUAAAACAGGUGUUGACCUUUUGGCACCAAAAACUAAUGUCAACUUACCAGGCCUGAACCUUUCUACCCCAAAUAUUAAGGGUCCUAAUGUGGACCUUAAUUUGCCUGAAACUGAAAUUAAGGGACCCAGUCUAAAUCUGCCAAAAGCUGACCUCCAGUCAUGUGAGAUCAAGGGUAAAGCACCAGAUGGAAAUCUCUCAGCACCAAACAUAGAAGCCAGUGUGCCAAAGGUUGAACUGGAAGGACUUAAUGCCACUGUGAAAUCUCCGGAUUUGAAUAUCAUCUCACCCAAAGCAGACCUCAAAGGAUCUAAUAUGCAGUUAAAAACACCAGAUCUGGAUCUGGAUACCAACCUCGGUGACUUUAAAAUGCCACAUAACAAGCUUCCAAAACUUGAUCUUUCAAGUCCUGAAGUAGAAGCUCCUGUUAUAAAUCCCACAGUUGAGGCUGGAAUUAAAGUACCUGGAGUCAACACAGAUACUCCUACAGCAGAUCUGAGUGCACCAGAAAUAGAUAUUAAAGGACCUGAGGUAGAUACCAAUCUUGAAAAGUCCAUAUUGCCACAUUUCAAGUUUCCAACUUUCAGCCUUUUCGGGUCUAAAACAAAAUCACCAGAGGCUAAUGCUAAUUCAGAUCUUGAGGGAAGUGGCUCUGACAGUGAUGUGCCACACACUGACGUCGAGGUUCCUGCAUUCAAAUUCCACAGACUGCCCUACACCAACAUUGAUGGCCCUGGAGGAAUUGCUGAUGCAAUCGCCUCAAUAAAAUCUAAGUUCGAGGAAAAGGAUUAUGUUAUCAGCAAAGGGAUCCGCUUGCCAGUAAUAAAUACAACCUCAAAGGCAGGAGAAAAGAUUGACAUUUUGGAGAGAUUGAAAAUCGCAAAAGAAAAAGAACCCUCGAUUAAUGUCUCACCAACCGAAGACAAAACUGAUCUCGAUCUACAGCUCACUGGCCCAAGUCUUCAAGCUAAUACAUCUACAGGAGUGGGAGAUUCCUCUUUAGUGAGAGGAGGUACUUUUAAAGUAGACAAACCAGAGCCUGUGCUGGGAUUGGUAGCUCCAGAUAUUUCUACAUCAAAUGAAAAUGACAAAUAUUCCUUGAGCCUUUCUAAUAUGCUUGGACUUGAUGCCAAUUGAGUCUUUAAAGGUUAGCCUGAUAAAUGAAGCUCUAGUCCAGAAACAUGAAAAUACAUGUAGCUUAACUGAUUUUAUACUUUCGUUUGUGAACAUGAGAGAGGCUACCUGCAGCUAGUGCAUGCUACAAUGUCUGUCUUGUAACAGUUGUAAUAAUUCAGCCUUAAUGCAGACAGUUGUCAGAAUUAAUAUCAACUAUGUACAUUUUCCUGUUAUUUAUAUAAGCUUUUUUCUAAAUGUUAAUUUGAAAAUACAUUACGUAAAUAACUCAGUAUUGAUUGUGAUCAAAGUAAACUUUUUCUAGUGCUUUACUAUACCUUAAACAUUUUAAAGGAUAAAUGGUGUGAAUGUGUUAAUUUUUGUUCAAUAAAUCAU